AUUUCAACAGACUGGUCUGGGUUGUCAGGUGUGAGUCUUGCAGCGGACACCUCCUCAUCGAACUGGCGCUUAGAGGAAGGUCUGAAGACAAUGAUGGAGUUAAUGGCCGCUACCCCUUUCUAUCACAUCAAUGCAACAGAUGCCACUGGCAGAAAUGGCUCUUUGUAUGAUGACGACGAUGAGUAUGACUAUAAGGAUGAACACGCUGAGCUGAGACAGUCUCUCAACAUCAUGUCUCUCAUUGUUUACUGCCUGGCCUUUGUUCUUGGUGUGCUCGGUAAUGGAGUGGUUAUCUGGGUGACCGGGUUUAAGAUGAAGAAAACUGUGAAUACAGUUUGGUUCCUCAACCUCGCUGUGGCCGAUUUCCUCUUCACAGCAUUUCUGCCCCUGAGUGUGACAUACACAGCUAUGGACUUCCACUGGCCUUUCGGCAAGUUCAUGUGCAAACUCAACAGCACUAUAAGUUUUCUGAACAUGUUUGCCAGUGUCUACAUUCUGGUGGUGAUCAGUGUGGACAGAUGUGUGUCUGUGGUUUGGCCCGUCUGGGCCCAGAACCACCGAAGUGUACGCAAGGCCUCCUUAGUGAGUCUGGGUGUUUGGGUUCUGGCUCUGAUUCUCAGCGCUCCAUACUUCAUCUUCAGGGACACUGGGUCAUCAUAUAACAAUGACGACAUCAUCAACUGCUUCAACAAUUUUGCAUUUUCUGAUGACUAUGAAACACCGUCUGUGAAUCAACUGCGACAGUUUCGUCAUCAGGCCAUGACUAUCACCCGCUUCCUCCUGGGAUUUGUUGUUCCCUUCACUGUCAUUGUCUCCUGUUAUGCUGUAAUAAUCCAUCGGCUCAGAAGAAACCGUACCCUGGCCAGCCAAUCAAGUCGCCCCUUUAAGAUCAUCGCUGCAGUUAUCACCACUUUCUUUCUGUGCUGGGCUCCUUAUCACAUCAUGGCUCUAAUUGAGUUGGUAAACCACAUGGCUAAUCAUGCAAGUGAAACAUUAGACCAUGUUACCACUAUCGGAGUCCCUAUAGCAACCAGCCUGGCCUUUCUCAACAGUUGCCUGAACCCACUGCUGUAUGUGUUCAUGGGCCAAGAUUUCAAGGAUAAAGUCCGCAAAUCCAUUUUGAAUGUUUUAGAGACUGCCUUCCAGGAAGAGGUUUCUCGUUCUUAUACCUACACAAACUCAAUGGUUACCAGUCGGAGCAAAGAAAAGUCUGUUUCUGAUGCCGAGGUAUAAGGUCAUCCAUGACAUGAAUAAACAAAUACUGUAACUGUACAUAGUAAAUGUAACUGUAUAUAACAACUAUCUUAGCUUUGUUGUUUUUUAUUCAAGGAACCUCAAGGCAUUCUGUAUACAUUAUCUGAAAUUAAAACAUUUCACCUGUUACCAUUUCAUUGAUAUAGUUUUUUUUAGGAUUGGAAACGUGACAUACAGCUGUUUAAAGUCUGGUAGAGCAGACAUGUGGUGAUAUUACAAAAUAACUUCUAGAUCCAUUUGUGAUGCGUUUUUGGGGAUAAAACAUAUUGUAAUCAUAAAAAAGGUUUAUAAAUAAUAACUAUAAUAAUAUAAUAAUAAAUCAAAUGUAUGUAGUGCUUCACAAGGGCAAGUGGCUUAAUUUAUCUUUGAGAAACAAUGGUGCCUCUUCACUGCACAUUCCUCUGCAUUUUGAAUCACCUUCAUUCUGUAUCAAACUAGACCUAGUGGAUUGUAAUGUGCCAUCUUCUUUGACAAGAGAAACCAGUUAUAAUUUCAAAAUAGGUAUUACAUCAGUUGAUGGUUUCAUUUGGUUUCAUUUGGAAAACGGAAAUUUAUGUUUUUCAUCUGUCACAUACACUCAAGAUGUUGAUUACUUACCUUGCCUGUAUGUGAUGUCAAAGAAAACAAGCAACAAAACUAGUCCCAGUUGUUUAUAGGCCAUGAUUGUGGAAUAAUUCAAAAAGCUGGCACAUCACAUAAAAACCAUAUAAAAAGGCAAACACAACAGAGACAAAGAACGUAAUGCCAUUUCUAGUAGGCUGUAAAUGUAUGUAAAUGUUGCAUUAUGUAAUGUAUUGAAGGGUAACCAUAAAGAAUGUACAGUGUGAAUGGGAUCAAGAAGCACUGCACAAACAGGCUUAAAGUAAGUCAAUUUCCCUACUUGCCCCUCACACACAACUAACCCCAGCCACUAAUCCUAUCGAAUGUGUGUAUCUAAUCACUGACCACAAAGAUUUGUGGGUACAUACGAAGUAAAAGUGAGGUGGGCAACUACUUCAAGUAUUAGUUUGGCUUACCUCAUUCGGUCUGUAUAGUAAUUUUCAUUAGGUAAAUUACCCUGUAAUGUCUAUUCCUUAUGCCGGCUGCCAGGUGGCAACAACGGAAAGUGAUUUAACAAACUUUUGACUGCUCCAUGUCUUCUGCAUGCUUUGAUAAAUAUAAAUGUUUUUUACAAUGGUUAUUCAGCACUAGUACAGGUUAAUGUAAGCCCAAUAAAUAUCCUAAUAGUGACUUUGAGAUUAGUAUGCUUAAAGUAGAAGCUGCAUUGUAUACUUGGCUUGGUGUAAUCUUUGGAUCAUUGUUUUUGGGGAGGGAUAUGUCUGAUAUGUUAGUACAUGCAUAUUGUGCUUUAAUCUGAAAUGUUUAAUGUAUCAUCCCCCCAUUUUUCUACAGAUUAUAUUCAUUAUCAAUUAAUCUGCCAGUUUCUGGAUUUUCUCUCAAUAAAGUACAUGUUUUAUAAA